AUGUCUUUUUUUAUAGACGACAUUUUAAGAAGUAAAGAUCCCUUGGAAAGACUCGAUAAUAAUCAUAGUAUACAUCAGACUAGUGAUAGUAGGCAGAAUGUACCCUUAAGUUAUGAAAAUAGUUCAAGUUUUGCGCCUUUGGAGAAAAGAAGUGAUGAACACCGUUCGGUAAAUCUAGGAUUUAGUGACCAAAGAAGUAUUUUGCAUCAGACUCUUAUAAACAGACUUAAUUCACCUUAUUAUAGAACCAGUGACCAUAGAGGUCCGCCUCUAGAAAACUAUCAACAUUUUUGCUAUGAUCCAGGAUACAUUAAUUACUACAGAACGCUUUAUGAUAGAGAUUAUUGUUCGAUAAAUCGUCAAAAACCAUGGACACCUUCACCGUAUGACAAUCAAGCCAACUAUUUAUCAUAUGCGAUGCAAUAUAAAUAUAUGUACAGCCCCAGUAAACGAAAAGGUGGACAAGUUCGCUUUACAGCGAAUCAAACGGAUAUACUGGAGAAAAGAUUCUGUUCCAAUAAAUACCUGAGCCCGGAAGAGAGAAAAGUUUUGGCUGAAUCGUUAACUUUAUCAGACAGACAGGUAAAAACGUGGUUUCAAAACAGAAGAGCUAAAUGGCGAAGAAGCAAUUCUGGUGGCGAGCAAACGCAAGAGAACACAACAGAUGAUGAAACGAAGAAAACUAACGCAGAUAGUAACUGA